AAAGAGUCACCACUGGGUUUGGCCACACAAUCUGCUCACCCAGCCCGCUUUUCGCCAGAUGAUAAAUUUUCAAGGCAAAGAGUGCUUCUGAAGAAGCGUUUUGGUUUGCUUCCUACCCAAAAACCAGCUCAAAAGUACUAGCCAUUUUUGGUCUCCAGUAUUGGUUUCCUACUCAUAGUUAUUUAGGUUUCUUUGUCUUGCGUUGAUGUGAAUCAUUAAGUUAUGUAUUGUAACUCAGAUUGCAUGUCAGCCACAUCUAGUGUUGAUGUUUUUGUUGGUUUAUUUGACUUGAUGGCGGAUGUAUGUUGUGGAAUUGUUUUCGUAAAUCUUAAGAGGAGGCGAAAGGUGCUUCGAAUUUGAUAUA